GGCUUGUGGAACGAAACAACUCUCUUUGUGUCUUUCUCUCUCAACUUUGUCCAUCCACACUACCGUCAUCACCUUGCUGUUCUCACCACAUCAACACAAGUAAGAGAAUCACAGCCAAUAAAUAAACGCCAUGUCUCCUUCUGCGGAUUCCUCUGCUGCGGCGGCUCAGGUUGAUCGUCCCUCACGACCUCUCAUUAAGGGAAUCUACGUGCCCACUGUAGCCUUUUUCGACAGCGAGACAGAUGAGCUGGACAUUAAGACGGUAUCACGGCACGCCGUCCGUCUUGCAAAGGCUGGUGUGUCUGGCCUUGCCGUCCAGGGAUCCAACGGUGAAGCAGUCCACCUGGCUUUGGACGAGCGCUCAGCCAUCACGCGGACCACCAGAGCUGCUCUCGAUGCCGCGGGCUUCACAUCCAUGCCCCUGAUUGUCGGCUGCGGCGCCCAGUCCAUCAUCGAGGCCGUGAAGCUAUGCCGCGACGCAGCGGCCAAUGGCGGCGACUACGCGCUGGUGCUGCCCCCGAGCUACUACGCCGGUCUGUUUGAUAGCUCGACGGUCGAGAGCUACUUUGUCGGCGUGGCUGAUGCCUCGCCCAUCCCCAUCAUCAUCUACAACUACCCCGGCGCCACGCCCGGCAUCGACAUCAACUCGGACACGCUGGUCCGUCUGAGCCGCCACGCCAACAUCGUGGGCUGCAAGUUCACCUGCGGCAACACGGGCAAGCUGGGCCGCGUGGCUGCUGCGGUCAAGGCCUCGGGCGAGAACUUCCAGUGCUUCGCCGGCAGCUCUGACUUCUUGCUGGCGUCCAUGGCCGCCGGCGCCGUUGGAGUCAUUGGCGGCCUGGCCAACGUCUCGCCCCGAGCCAAUGUGCGACUCUUCAAGCUUGCAGAGGCUGGUCCCGAGAAGGCGGCCGAGGCUACAGCGCUUCAAUCUGUUCUGGGUGCGGGAGACUGGGUUGCGAUCCAGACGGGCGUUGUUGGCGUCAAGGCAGCGCUUCAGGCGUACUUUGGAUAUGGAGGAUUUGCCCGAAGGCCGCUGCCGAGGCCAGACGAUGUCAAGGUCAAGGGCAUUGCGGACGGCAUGAAGGAGAUGAUGGAUGUGGAAAAUGCGCUGCCUGAUGUUGCGUAAAAUGGCGGAUGAAGGAGGUAGAAAGAAAGAAUGAGGGGCUUCGGCCUCGAUGACGACUUGCUGCAUUUGGAAUAUCACGAGGCGUAUAUACACAUUUAUGUUAUGGGAUACACGAAUUUACUGUAUUUGGUGUUACAAUGCAAUGCUUUGACUCUUA